AUGGUUGAGACACCGGAUGCUCCGUUUCAGAUGGAUGAUGACUUUCCUGCGCCGCCGAAUCUACCGACUUUAUCAAAAGAUACAUCAGAAACAAGCAUAACACUUGAGAACUACUCUAUUCAGAGUAGACACGACUCCAUAUUUGAAGCUGACAAAGGUGAUGACAUUGAUAAUUACAAUAAUAACAGGUCUAUACGAUCCACGUUGGAUCAGUUGAAAAUAGAGGAGAAGGGAAACACUAGAGAAGAGGAAAGAGGGUACACUAUAAAAGAGGAAAAAGGGUACACUGGAGAAGAGGAAAGAGGGUACACUGAAGAAGAGGAAAGAGGGUAUAACGAAGAUGCAGACGACAACUUGGAUAUCACUUUGCAGAAACAAUUACAAGAGGACUUUGAAAAAAAACAUGGUCUUUGCGAUGCAAAGCAAGUAGGCUCCUCCGCUUCUGCUGCUGCUGCUAGCGACAAAGUUGGGCCUAGUUUGCAGAAAAUCCAAUUCAACUUUGAUGUGGAUGACGAGCCGCUAACUCCACCUGAGAAUUUUGCUUUAGUUAUCCGGUCAAUUUAUCGAAGUUCCUUCCCACAACCUGCUAAUUUCUCCUUUCUCAAAACAUUAAAACUAAAGUCUAUUUUGUGCUUGAUUCCCGAAGAAUACCCGGUUUUACAAGAACAGUUUCUUGCAAGUCAAGGUAUUAAGCUAUUCCAAUUGGGCAUGUCUGGAAACAAAGAGCCAUUUGUCAAGAUUUCUUCAGAAUUGAUCACACAAGCAAUAAAGAUUGUUUUGAAUCUGGAAAAUCAGCCCAUAUUAGUACAUUGCAAUCGGGGAAAGCACCGAACCGGAUGUCUUGUGGGAGUGCUAAGAAGGUUACAGAAUUGGUCUAAGACGAUAAUAUUUGACGAGUAUAGAAAGUUUGCUGCACCCAAAGAGAGGCCGAUGGAUCAACAAUUUAUCGAAUUGUACGACGAUGAAGAAAUUAAAGAUUAUUGUGACAAAAGAGGAUUAUUACCCUUGAAAUGGGGAUAA